AAUGCUUCAAUAGUUAUGGACUGAAUCAACUAAACCAAAAUCUCUUGAUUCAUUAGAUUAUCAUUCAGAAAUAAGUGAAAUCCUUAGAAAACUUGCCAAAAAUUCUGAUUUCCCUCAUUUAUUGUUUUAUGGUCCAAAUGGAGCUGGAAAGAAAACAAGAGUCCUUGCAUUUCUUAAAGAAGUCUAUGGAUCAGGUGUUUACACAGUAACUGAAGAAGAAAAAGAAUAUAAAAUAAAUGAAACCUCAAAUACAACAACUUCAUGCACAGUAUUAUCAUCCAAAUUUCAUAUUGAUGUUGCACCAUCAGAUGCUGAUCAUCAUGAUAAAGUCAUCAUUUAAAAAUUAAUUAAAGAAGUAGCAAGUUCACAUCAAGUAAAUAGUAAAUAAACAAAAGAUUUCAAAGUAAAUAUUAAUAUUAUAUUAGGUUGUAAUUAUUAAUGAAGUUGACAAUCUAACAAAAGAGGCUUAAGCAUCUUUAAGAAGAACCAUGGAAAAGUAUAUAGAAAGAUGUAGAAUUAUUUUGAUUUGUGAAUCUUUAGCUAAAAUCAUUAAUCCAAUUAGAAGUAGAUGUCUUUUAAUUAGAAUACCUGCUCCUAAUUAAACUUAAGUUGCUCAAAUCUUAGAUAAGAUAAGCACACAAUAUAAUUGCAAAAUAAGUCAAUAAUUAAUAAAUAAAAUUGCUAUUGCAAGUAAUGGAAAUCUUAGAGAAGCUAUUUUAUAUUUAUAAUCUACUAGAGUCAAUAAUACAUGCAUUAAAGAUGAUCAAAAUAUUGGAGCUCAAGAAUGGAAAAUACAUAUCUAACAGAAUAUUGUCAUACCAAUAAUCAAAAAUUAAUUAGUUGAAACUAUGAAAGAAAUCAGAGAAAAGUUUUAUUAAUUAUUGGUUAAUUGUAUACCUGUUGAUAGAAUUAUGUUUGAAAUGCUUUAAGGAGUGUUAAAUUAAUAUAAAGAUCAUGCAAAUAAGACUAUUCUUUAUGAACUCAUUAAAUCAACAGCAAAAUGUGAAAAUAGAGCAAGAUAAGGAUCGAAAGGUAUCGUUCAUCUAGAAGCAUUAGCAGCUGAAUAUAUGACCAUUAUAAAAUAGUUUGCAUGA